AUGAAGUUUAAUAAAAAAAUUUCGAAGACUUCUUACGUCAGAUUGUAUCCUGUUGGUGUUCGUAAGAGAAAAAAUGGGAAAUUUUGCGCUGAAAUCAAACACCCAUUUAACAAGAAAAUGGUUUGGUUGGGUACUUUCGUUACUGCUGAUGAAGCUUUCGAAAGUUACAAGUCGAAGAAGCUUCAGUUUGAAGAACUAAUCAUGGCUAAAGAUGCAAAAAAGAGACAGAAAUUUGAAAAAUCUGUUCAAGAAUCAUUAAUGGGUAUUGCUGAGAAUACGAAUUCAUCAAAUGGGGUUGAGGAAAAAAUUGAUCUUUUUACAGAGGAAAAACAAGAAUCGUUAAUGGGUGAUUCUGAGAAUUUAAUUUCGAAUUUGAAUUUGAAUUCGAUUUCAUCAAAUGGGGUUGAAGAAAAAAGCAAUCUUUUUGCAGGGGUUGAAAGUGAUGAAGAACUGUUUAAGGGGACUUGGGUGAAAAUUUCAGAGGGUAAAGAAGUAAUGUUUUCACAUAAUUUGGGGGUUCCCGUUAUCGAUAAUUAUGGAUUUUUGUUGGGUGAAUUUAGCGAUUUGGAUGAUCUUAGAUUUAUGUAA